AUGGAAGUUGGAGAGAAGCGAAAGCAGAGGCAGCUCCAGAAGGAGAAGCCCUAUAGAGGGAUAAGGAUGAGGAGUGUGGGAAAGUGGGUGGCUGAGAUUCGAGAGCCCAACAAGCGUUCCAGGAUCUGGCUUGGCUCCUACUCCUCCCCCGUGGCGGCCGCCCGCGCCUACGACACCGCCGUGUUCUACCUCCGGGGGCCCUCGGCGCGGCUCAACUUCCCCGAAUACAUCGUUGAAGAAGACGAAGUUCGGGACAUGUCGGCUGCUGCGAUUCGGAAGCGAGCCACCGAAGUCGGCGCCAGGGUCGACGCCCUUGAGAACGCGUUGCGCCGCGCAUCCUCGGCGCCAGCACCCGAUUCGAAGCGGGUCUCAGUCAAACCAGACUUGAACGAGUUCCCGGACCCCGAAGAUUCCGACCGCGACUAG